AUCAUUGUGUCUCACACUUUCAAACUAGUCAUUUCACAACACUGAAGCAGUGAGGAAACGAACCAGCGCUAUUAACAGUGCUGCCCGAGGGCUCUUCCUACCCCACACUCCCGAGAGCCAGACAGGAAUCUGGGAAUACCGCAGCAAAAUGAAGAACACUAUUGAUUCAAAAAGAUCUUUGCGAUGUAAUCGUUAAUGUCUCGGUAAACUGCUGGACUGCUUGCACCUUCAUUCCCGGCUCGUCGUUUCAUCGGGACACGGAUGAAAAUAACAUCAGACACCGCGAGCAAUCCGCAGAUAAAGACUCAUCACGCUAUUAAAAUAAUCUGAAUCGGAGCGGGGACAUCAUGCAGGGGUCACGCACCUCUGUUUUAGCAACGAUGUACGGACUUAAAUAGAAUUUGGAAUUAUUAAAAAACAAAACGCGCCUGCACGCGCACCAGUUCGGAUCCGACUCACGAGCUUCAUCCCGGUUCUGCAAAGAAACUCGAGCCGAAAGUGUUGUGGAGCUCCAUGCAUUCAAAAAGGCAGAGGAGAGGAGCGCUGUCCCGUGCUGGAUGGAUGGUUAUGGGGAAAAGAGCAGGACUAUCGGCGCUAGAAGUCUGCCAGUUCCUUGUGCUGUUUCUCUCUCUGUUUCCAACAGCAUCUCUGCAGUGUAAGAUCCUCAAAUGUAACUCCGAGUUCUGGGCCUCCACCUCCAGUUCUGGCCCAGAAGAGGAGUUCUGCAUUGCUCUGCGAGCAUAUAACAACUGUGUCCGUCGCACUGCCCGUACUUGCCGGGGCGACCUGACCUACCAUUCAGCCCAACAUGGCAUAGAGGAUCUAAUGAGCCAACACAACUGUUCCAAAGAAGGACCUACUAGCCAUCCUCGUACACACCCUCCCCCAGUUCAACCACCACCCCAAAAAGACAUCAACGUUCCCUCGGAUGGGCCAGAGGUGUGCCACUACGAGCGGAGUCUACCACGGCACUCCCCACCACCUAAUUACACUCACUGCGGUUUUUUCGGAGACCCACACCUCCGUACGUUCAACGACGACUUUCAGACCUGUAGAGUUGAGGGAGCCUGGCCAUUGAUUCACAAUAAGUACCUGUCUGUGCAGGUUACGAACACUCCCGUUGUCCCUGGGUCUUCCGCUACAGCUACUAGCAAGCUAACCAUCAUCUUCAAGAACUUUCAGGAAUGUGUUGACCAGAAGAUGUACCAUGCAGAGACCGAUGAGCUUCCAGCUGCUUUCGCUGAUGGUUCAAGGAACGGCGGUGACCGGCAUGGGGCCAACACUCUUCGUGUUGUAGAAAAGGUGCCUGGACAACACGUGGAGAUUCAAGCCCGCUACAUCGGCACCACUAUCGUAGUUCGGCAGGUUGGCCGCUACCUCACCUUUGCGGUGCGUAUGCCGGAAGAGGUAGUAAAUUCGGUGGAGGACCAGGACAACCAGGACCUUUAUCUCUGCCUGCAUGGUUGCCCUGCCAAUCAACGAAUUGACUUUAGGAACUUUAAAGCACGGGCUUCGGAAAGCCACGGCUUAGGCCGGGGGCGACCGGGAACUCCCACUCAUGGCUUCACAUACCAGUCAGCCAUGGCCAAAUGCAAAGAACGUCUACCUGUUGAGGAUUUAUACUUCCAGUCCUGUGUUUUCGAUCUGCUCUCUUCUGGGGACAUCAACUUCACCCUGGCUGCCUACUAUGCCUUUGAGGAUGUUAAAAUGCUCCACUCCAACAAAGAAAAGUACCACAUCUUUGAAAAGGACGCGAUGUUUAACUCCGCCUCCAGACAAUUAGGUUUUAGCUUCUUUGCCCUUUUCAGCCUAGUUACUGCAUGUUUGUGGACUGACUUGUGUUCAAGUUGUCUGUAGUCUCCUCGUUGUUGAAGAUGAUUGUAAGAAGCUGUAUGCAUGUGAAAUGCUGCUCUCGCCAUGUUGCAUCCCAUUUACCAGAGGCUGGGCUUCUCAGUUGAGAUUUCACUCUGGUGUGUCUUGUGUCACCCCCAUCUCAGCCAUGGACUCAUCUCUCACAUGUCAUCAUGUGUGUUCGUUCAUCAAACGAGAGUAGGAGCGUUCCUGCCGAUCCACCGGUCUCUACGGUCAUGCUGCUGAUCCUAUAACUGCUCCGUGAUGGAGAAUGCAGUGAUGAGAGGCUCAGAUUGUUCCCAUCGGGGUGACACGCCACCGACAGGAGUGAAAGGGGGUGAUCCUUUGCAGAAAGAGAAGUUUGGAGAUCUUCAGCGAGACGGGAAGUAUGUCUCCCGGAGUAGGGCUGGAGGACACGUCGGGAGCUUUUAUUCAUGUCUCCUAAGUAUUGAGGGCCGCCAGGAGUUUUCUCUUUGAAGAAGCUCCAGCUCUGGAAAAGCACUAGCUUUCUAGAGAAAUCCUCCUGGCCAAGGCCAUGUCAAACUAGUAAGUCAUGUUGUCUGCUGUGGAGAUUAAUAGGCUAUAACAUCAGGCCUUUUGUAUAGUUUGUCUGUGCUUGCGUGUGUGUGAGUAAAUGAGAAAGGCAGUGUGUAAGUACGCAAAUCAUGUGUAAUUGUGUGUAUGCGUGAUCAUAUGAAUGCUGGUUUGUGUCUGUGUGAAGUGUUUUCGUAAUAGCUGUAUAUUGCACCCAGGGUCCUAAUGUAGCUCUGGUGUGGUGGUUUAUUGGUCAGUAAGAAAUUGUACUGCCUGCCAAGAGCUCUUCUUUACACUUUUUAAAGUGUUCAGUGUGUCACAUACAGUGUAAAAUAGAUUUUAAAAUACACCCCAACUGCUUAGGUGUAUAAUAUUGAAAAUAUUUAUUGUUGAGUGUUUGAAUUCAGUCCAAACUAUUUUUCAGGCACACAGUCCAAUUCACUUUGUUCAAGCAAUGCCAUAGCUGAAUCACAAAACAGAUAAUCCAAGCUAUACAAUGGUAUGGUCCGACCCUGAGACUUGACACCAUGCUUGCUUUAGAAAAAUAAUCCUGUCAGAUUGCAGUAAAUAAACCUUACAAUUAGUCUACAUCAAAGAGAGCCACGUUUCUCAUUCAACUUAAGCAGUUUGAGAUGAGACCCACAUGCCCUAUAGGCAGACGCAUCAUUCAUCCUUAAGACUUCUUAAAUAGUAACGCCUUUUCAAAAGGGUGUCGACGUGGCUGUGCUGUAGGCCUUGUUUGACUCGCAACUCUGUAGAUCUGUGAAUUUAUGGCAAAGGCUUUUUGCCAAAGCACAAACCCUGGUGCCAACAAUUUCCCAAACAGCUGAAUUUUCUCUCUCUUUCUCGCUAUCCCAUGGGGCCUUUGUGGUUUACUUUAAAGUAUUUGGGCUCAAACCAGAUGUCCUGAUUGUGUAUAAUAUUGGAAGGUGCUGCUAACUACAUCGUGGUGCAUGGACUUCAAUGCAGGGAGUUAUUGAGGACAUCUGCCAUGCGUUGAUAAAUUAAAAUAGGGCAUUUUCUUUUCAGCCAUUAGCCGGCUCAAGAGUAUCGGCACUCAGUAUUGUCCACGGCAGUAGCAGUAUUGUGACUAAACACACACAGAGAUAGAUAGUGCCAUUAUUUUUAAGGGUGGGAGACGUUAAAUAGUGAUAUUGGAUUGGUUUAGGUGGAAGCUCCUACCUUAACCCAACAUCACACUUGGAAGUAUCAUAAUUUUAUAGGCUUUAUCUAGUCUUUGGCAGACGAAGCUCCAUGUGACCAUCAUGUCAAAUUUCUUUAUGUGUCACACUUGUCACACAGUGUUUGUUUUCGAUUAGUAGGCUAAGUUUUAACUAUGAAAUUCUGGUUUAGAUGUAAUUAUACACGAGACAGAAUUGCUUCAUGGUAAUUUAUUGUUACACUGUAAAGUUUUGCAAGCCUUACUACUGCUAAAAAGUGUGUUGGUUCAGUUCAUAGCUUCAAAGAGAAAUUUGAAAGUAUACAAAAUGAUUGUAAUGUUUUAAGUGUGCUUGUGUUGUCAGUGCUUUUCGGAUUUAAAUGUGUAAUGUGACAAGUAUCAUGUGCAAAUUGGCAAAAUAUAUUUUGUGU